GGAGGGCUGGCCAUGGAUUUUCACCAUUAAUCCACUUCCACAAAAGCCUUAACUUGAUUUAUUUAUUGAUGGAACCUGUGCUCAUCCACUUCCGCUCUUGGGGAGCCAAUGAGCUGCACCAAUUCCAUAGUCUCUGCAAAUUGACAGUUAGAGUAGUUGGAACUUGGAAUGAAUUAAAAGGAAACGAAGACCUAAAAGGAGAUCAGCAUCUUCGUCAAAAUCAAUUCAAUGGCGGACGCAGAUCAGAAGAAGCUGAAGCUGUAUUCCUUCUGCGGAAGCUCCUGCUCUUUCCGCGGCUUCAAUACCAAUAUAUACCUGUUAAUCUUUUCAAGGGAGAACAGUUGACUCCCGAAUUCAUCAAGGUCAAUCCCAUUGGGUAUGUGCCGGCCCUGGUUCAUGGCGAUGUUGUGGUGUCUGACUCUUUAGCUAUUUUGAUGACAAGUACCCUCAACAUCCACUCUUGCCAUCCAAUCUUCAUAAAAGAGCCAUCAAUUAUCAGGGACAAAUUCGGUGCAGAUGAGGAACUUUCUUUUGCCAGAGACCAUAUUGGCAAAGGCUUUGAAGCACUUGAGAAGCUUUUAAGAGGCCAUGCAGGACGAUAUGCAACGGGAGAUCAAGUUUUCUUGGCUGAUUUGUUUUUGGCUCCUCAGAUUUAUGCAGCAAUUAAGAGGUUCAAUAUUGACAUGGUCAUGGUGGCACCAGUUACUUAUCCUGAAGGGAAGGUUCGAUUAGAUUGCAGUUCUAUAGCCUGUGCUCUCAAUGAUCCGACAAGCACUUCUGGCUUGAAGAAUAAAGCACCAGACCACACAGACUACAGUUACACAUCAAUUUCAGGUAAAAUGGAUUCCUUUAGAGAACUUAGAGAGCCACGAGGUAACCAGGGCAGAGAGGAAGAAGAGGAAGGGGUUAUAUCUGUAGAGCCUAUCACGAUGAUAGUGCCGCCGGCGCUGCAGGACUUGCUGGAAACGUUAAUGCCUAAGAGCAGCGCUAGUUCGAGCGCUAGGGACAAUGGUGGCGACCACCACACUACAUCGUCCAACAACUCGUCCUUUGAGGAGACACCCAACCGCGAGGAAGGGACAGGGAAUGUGGUUGGCAAUGACCCAGAUCUGCCCGUGGUUGGAGAAUGGGAAAAUAGGGUACUCACAGGCAGAUUGAGUAACCUACGCAAGGCACCCAAGGACCUGCCCGCUGGAUUUAGAUUCAGGGUGGCGCUUCAUGAUGAAGUAGCAGACAGCGCGCCCUCAAUAAGUGGGUACAAGAAACUGGAGGAUAUGCAUAAGGUUCAUCAUAGGCUUUAUGCUGUUGUGUACGAGGUUGGAGGUACCGGCGAAGGCGAUAGUGUUCAGGUCGCUGUUCCAGUGUCGGAGCAGCUCGUUGUGUUCGGGUUUGUCGACGCGGCAAACCAGUUCACAGAAGGAGAAAUGAGCAGCAUACUCGAACGCCAGCAUCAACGAGCCCAGGGCUCCCGAGGUCGUGCAGUGGGCGGUACUUCACAAAGGCAGGCACGAUUUGACGAGCGACCGCCUCCAGCGCCACAAUCUCGCAGCUCGUCAAAUUGUGGUUCUAGCUCGGCAUCCAAGCCUCGCGCCGAGCAGCUGCCUGCGCAGGUGGCUCAAACUGCGGCCGUGUGCUCAUCCAACGUGCCAUCAGCCACAACGCGGGCAGCAGCAGAGCCCACAUCUACGUUGGCCUCAAUGUCGGUGCCUAGGAUCGCGUAUCCGGACGGCUUUAGCUAUGUGAAGCUUGAUUGCCAACUCGCCAUGGUGCAAGGCAUGCAAAGCUUUGUGCCUCCCGUGGAUCGUCAACGGGCAAGGACUUUUGUGCAGCAGCAUGGCGGGCAAGUCGCUAUGGCGUUCAGCUACGUGGUAACAUUGUUCAAGAGCAAGCAAAGAGCUCGCUCUCAGAAUAACGAGCUCAGCGCCAAUUGCAAACAAUUGGCCGCAGAAAAGGCCAGCCUUGUGGAUGAUGUCAAUCGUCUGCAAGGCUCGGAGAUGGCCAACCGAGCUGCUACAGGGGAGAGCCUAGCAGAUGAGCUCACAAACAGAAAUAACGAGCUCAGGGAGGAGCUGGAGAACCUCAGUGCAAUUGAAGAGGCCCUGAACGAACUGAAGACUUCUCAUGGGCGCUCUGACGCUGUGACGGUGGCAUCUGCAAACAUGACCACGGAGAUCUACAACGAGAUCCGUGGGAAGGUGCUGCAACAUCGCCCGGACUUCCCAAUACGCGAGCUGGCGUUCUUCGACGGGGAGGACCUCGACGAGCAGGUCCUAGAGGAAGGGGAGGACCCAACAGGCCUACCCACCUUCGACUCCUGGGUUGAAGGGGCUCCUGUAGCUGAACAGGAGCCAUCAAGCACUCCACCCAACUCUCAGCCCGCCGUGGUGCCGGCCAGGUUGCCCGUCAUUGCACGCCCGCCAUUCACUCACCUCCAGCUCGUGUCCAUGCCCGUCGAUUUGACGGAUGAUUAGGCUUAGGAUUUUUUCUUUUUGAUCUUUUGUAUUUUUUGUUUCUACAUUUUUGUAUUGAUCAAUGGAUCCAUUCCAUAUGUACCUCAAAUGUAAACAUCCUUGAUGAAAUACAAACAUGAAUUUUCC